CCCUGAGCUGGAGAGGACAGUGGUGGUGAAGAACCCCUGCGAGUUCCCCACUGAAUUUUACUCCCUGGAGUUUGACGAGGAGUACCGUGAGGAGGAGAAGAUCCUGCGGACGCUGGAGGAGUUUGGAGACCGGACGGCCGUGGUGAUGCCUCCACGCGCUGUGGGUGAGAAGCUGCCCCCAGAGGUGCUGGAAUAUUAUGAAAAAUGGAAGAAGAUGGAGGCUCUGGGUCAAGAGAUGUUCAAGCGCAAGGAAGAAUCAGGCGAGGACAAUGCAGCACUUCAAGAGAGCAUCAGGUUGUUGAAGGACAUGGUGGACGAGUGUGACAGGCCCAUCCGUCAGGCCGUCAGGCGCUACCUCGACACCAAUCCCGUUGGAGAAGAGCUCAAAGCCCAAAUGCCCAGAGGGAUUGCCAUCAUCGUCUAUGGGACCCCGCGGACAGGAAAGACAAGGGCGGCGGCCGCCCUGUCCAAGUAUUACAGUGCCGCCUGCUUGUCCCUGGCCGAGGUGGUGACAGAAGCCAUGUCGGACGAGCGCAGCUCGGCGGGGCGCCGUGCCCGGGAGCUGUGCGUCGAGGCUGCCCGUCAGCAAAGAGCCAGGAGGGAACAGAUGCCGGGUAAAAAGGGUGCUGAGGCCAAGAAAACCCAGCCCAGCCCUGGGGACAAAGCCAGCCAGAAGACCCUCAGUGCUGGACACCAGAGCACUUCAGCAACCAAGGAUAAGGCAUCUGACAAACCCCAGAAGGGAGCUGGAGCGGCUGGCUCGAGAGCAUAAGGAAAGCAAAAAGGCGUCAUCAUGAGCCUCAGAGAAGCAAGAUGGGCAGCAGGUUGGGAAGAGCUGCUGCCCGAGGGAUGGACUCACACCAGAGAGGUCCAUCAAGGACUGU